AGGGUGCACUGUCCCCGUGCAAAAGGAUUCUAGCAAAAGCGUGGGGGUAGUUACGCCCGCCCAUUGGUCCGCCCACGGUCCGACCAAACCAGAGUCACUUGGAAUCAAUCCGUGGUACGAUUUCACCCUGUUCUAGACGAAAAUUCGUUGUUUCUAAAAGCUCGACGGAAUACGCGAUAUUAUUUUUCAUUCGACUAUUCAUUUUUCCAACGAUAAUAAUUUAUAUUUGAAACAAUCUUAUGUAAAAAUCAUAAAGAUCAAGACAAAAAAUAGGGGGACGAAAUUAUUGGGCAAUUUUUUUUUUCAUAUAUUUAUUCAUAACUUUUCUUUCUUUUAGCUUUCCAAGAUCUUUUGAUCACGUUAGUUAAUUUAAUUUGAUUUGUUGUUGUUGUUGUUAUUGUUUAUUUGUUCUAUUGUCUUUUCUUCAAUUGGGAAAUGGUUUGAGUCAACCCCCAAUCAACGUUGAAUUUUUGGGGGUAUUUUAAUUACGAAAGUUAGUUUUGUGUUAUCAAAGUACUCACGACAGAUAACCAUGAACCUUAAAUCAUGGACAUCCGUUCGAAAGGUUACGUUCUAUUAAUAAUAGAAAGAAAAACAUCCUUGACGCGGUGUUCUUAACGUUCAACAUACGUGGUACACGUUAGAAUUGACAAAUACGAAGAAAAAGAAACAAAGAAGAAAAAGACAAGAAUAAUAAGAAUAAGAAGAAAGAAGAAAGAAGAAGGAAGACAAUAAAAAGAAAAAAAAAAAAAAGGUGCGUUAUCGUUGUGGAAACAAACUAUUAGCGUAAGAUAGCGUUAUUCCUCCGAGUAAAGUCAAAGAGGUAUAAUUGUACUCUCUACAAUCUCGCGUGUGACAGUUCGCAACAGUUAAAACAUGUCGGACGCGGGAUUUCAACGAGUAAUCAUCUACGACGCGGGUGUUUAUUUCAACGUUUACUUUUGAAAACAAAGUUUCGACCCAAUAAACAAAACAAAAACAACAAUAAAAUAAGAAGAUCAUCAGUGUGCUAUUAAUUUACAAAACCAACACUAAACACGUUCUCUGAACCGCUGUGGUGGGAGGGGUGGGUAGGGAUUGAGGAUUGUCAGAUUUGGUUAUUGUUUUAUUUUCUUUCUUUUACGAAGGGCCCCCUCCAGGGUUGUGGGAUUGUUUUGAACGAAGAAGAAAUGUAAUGAACAACGAACAUGAGUGUUUUGAUGGUUCUCAAAUAAGUGGUGGAUCUAAAGUGUGAUUUGUAAGUUCUGAUGACAAAAGUUCGUAGGAAUAAAAACUCAUGGAAGCGCAUUGUGCGAUGAUGAUGUCGAAUCUGUCGUGCGACGGUUGCGCCGACAGCAGCAGCCGUGAUUCCGACAGCAGUAGCAUGAUCGUCGACCCGGUGAGUCUCGAUAAGAAUGACAUGUCACCGCCACAAUCAUCAUCGUCACCGAUAAUAUCAAGUUCACCGGUUCCAGCGGUGACGGCAUCUACGACGACGACGAAUACGUUGAGAUGUCGGAGUGGUGGUGGUGGUGGUGGUGGUGGUGGAGGUUCUAGAAUGACGAAAAAAAUGCCAUACUCAAGGAUGCCGGUAACGUCAGUGGCGUUGUCGUCCAAGUCAACGAGUCAACAAAAAUCAACGGCGGGUGGUGGACAACAAUCUUCAGGUUAUGGGAAUGAAAAAAUGUCGUCAUCGUCAUUGAUAAAACCACCAUAUUCUUACAUAGCACUGAUAACCAUGGCAAUAUUACAAUCCCCGCAAAAGAAAUUAACGUUGAGUGGUAUAUGCGAAUUCAUAAUGUCACGAUUCCCAUAUUAUCACGACAAAUUUCCAGCAUGGCAAAAUUCAAUAAGGCAUAAUUUAUCAUUGAACGAUUGUUUCAUCAAGAUACCCAGAGAACCUGGUAAUCCAGGUAAAGGUAAUUAUUGGACAUUGGAUCCACUUGCUGAAGACAUGUUUGACAAUGGUAGCUUUUUACGACGUAGAAAGAGAUACAAAAGGCCACCACCACAUUACGUGUUACGCGACAGAGCUAUCAUGGCAACAUUUGCCAUUUGCGGUGAUCGUGGACCAUGUCCAGGUGGUGGUGCUGGACAUCCAGGUACAUUGGCUUAUCCCGGUGCAGCUUAUCUUUCACCACCACCUGGAUUACCCUUAUUGGACUUUUCACCGUCAACGUUGGAAGCUUUGAAAUUAGGUGCAUUCCUCGAACCACCAGCACCACUUUACAAACCGGUACCGAUCACUGCACCACCGAUCAGACAACUCGAACCAACACCAACCAGGACAACUACGACGAUACCAAUGAUCAACGCACAAACUACGAGUAUCGAAAAGAAGAGAAACUUUAGUAUCGAUGCUCUGAUCGGCAAACAAACCGUCAACGAUCAAAAUUGCGCUGGUCUUCUUGAUCUUAGUCCGUCGGAACACAGAGAAAUUAGAAGUCAAGCUUCUGCGUUUUCACCUCUCGUUUAGAGAGUCAAACUGUGGGGAAAAGUCAAAACUAAUUUUAGCACGCAUACACACAUACACACACACGUACACAAAAAAGUAAUGUUCGAUUUUUUGUGCGGUAAAUUUUUAUCCUUCGAUAUCGAUCGAUCGAUAGCGAUUCCUUCGUCCAAGUCGUCCGAUCCAACCGAUUGUAAUUUCAUGGUUAAUCACAGAUUAUGGAAAAAAAAAAA